CUUUCACAUUGAAUGCUGUGCCUUAUCAGCGAGAAUAUUCCCUCUCCAAUUUCUUAUACACUUUUCCCAUCGCCACUGCUGUAUCUGUCUUUCCUUGGGUGUUUACUGGUUGGAUCGCCCUUCGACCCGCGCCACCAGCACUGCACAAACAGGCCUGGCAAAGUGAUCUGAAGUGACGAUCCUCGGGCGAUCAAUUUCAGUACAUCAUUGACUCGUCUCGAGAGCAGAACAACUUUGCACGCAUUCGCAACAGUCUGUGCAUCUUCGUCAAACUUGUUCCUUUGCUGAAUUCACCCAAUUAAAGUCAAUUGAGCCAAUUGGAAUGCCGGUGGAUAUCAAGAGAGUGCUCGUGUGUGACGCCGUCGACGAGGCUUGUGUGAAUCUCCUCAAAGAGAAUGGCAUCGAAGUUACUUACAAGCUUAAGUUGCCCAAGGAGGAACUUUGCCGAGAAGUUAAGAACUUUGAUGCGCUCAUCGUGAGAUCGGACACGAAAGUGACGCGCGAUGUCUUGGAGGCCGGAAGCGGAAGCCUGAAAGCUGUCGGACGUGCCGGAGCGGGUGUAGACAACAUUGACAUUGAAGCGGCCACCAAACACGGCGUCAUCGUCCUCAACACACCUGGUGGGAAUUCUAUCUCAGCAUGUGAGCUCACGUGCGUGCUCUUGGCCUCCCUGGCGCGUCCCGUCACGCUGGCGGCGCAGAGCAUGCGAGAGGGUCGCUGGGAUAGGAAGAUCUACGCCGGCACAGAGCUGUACGGAAAAACUCUCGCUGUUCUGGGUCUGGGACGAAUUGGGCGCGAAGUGGCGAUAAGGAUGAAGGCGUGGGGCAUGCGGUGCAUUGGCUUCGAUCCCAUCACCACUCAUGAGGAAGCUAGAGCCGCUGGAGUGGAGAAAAUGGAGCUGGACGACAUUUGGCCACUCGCUGACUACAUCACUGUGCACACGCCUCUCAUUCCAGCCACAAGAAAUUUGGUGUCGGACGCAACUCUGGCCAAGUGCAAGAAGGGCGUCAAGGUGGUGAACGUGGCGCGUGGAGGAAUUGUGGAUGAGGCAGCUCUUCUGACCGCCCUGAAGUCUGGCCAGUGCGGCGGUGCUGCUCUGGAUGUCUUUCCUGAGGAGCCGCCAAAGUCAGAAGUAACGAAGGAACUCAUCCAGCACCCGAAAGUCGUAGCGACGCCGCAUCUUGGCGCCAGCACAGCCGAGGCUCAGGUGCGAGUGGCCGUGGAGGUGGCGGAGCAGUUCGUGGCCCUCACGGGCCGCUCCGCGGUCUUCACCACGUAUCCCGGUGUCGUCAAUCGCGAGGUCCUCAAGACAGCCUUCUGAGCGCUCCGUGACGUAGGCCGAAGAAAUGAUGGAUUGCAACUCUGACACUUGUAACAUUAUCACGCCAAUUUCUCAGCCUGUAUUUCUUAUACAAUGCCAUUAAAUUAGCCUUCCUCCGUAA